UCUCUCUCUCGCUCUCUCUCGGCCUGGCGUUCGAUCUCUCCCUUAGCAGUUCCGCCCGAUGAAGGACGCCGCCGCCGUCGGACCGAGGCUUUCCAAGAAGAACUCCGACGAUGAGGAGAGGAGAAAGAAGAAGAAGAAGAUGAAAUCCAACAAGCGCCGUCGCCUCCGCCACUCCUCCUGCUCGUCUUCCGAUGCCGACGACGGCAGCCCUCGCUCCCGAAGGAAACGAGCGAAGAGGCUUGAGAAGAGGAAAAGGGAGCCCAAGAACGACGACAGGAAGAAGAAGAAGAAGAAGAAGAGUAAGAAGAAGGAGAAGGAAAAGGAGAGGUCCCGCAAGUCGCGCAACCGCAGCGUCAGCGCGUCGAGCGGCUCGUCGAGCCGGAGUUGCUCCACCUGCCGCGGCCGGAGCAGCUCCUCCGGCAGUAGCGUCUCGAGGAGCCCGCCUCCGAGAGCGAAGCCGAGGGCGAGAAGUCGGUCUAGAGGGAGAGGGAGGGAUGGGGAUGCGGAGAGGGGGAGAGGUCGGCGGAGGAGGACGACAAGCUUCGAUCGGCGUGGGAAUAGGUAUCGGUCUCGGAGUUGCUCUACUUGUGGAGGGAGUCGGAGUAGCGGCCGGACCGGUGGAAGCGCUUGCCGAAGCCGAAGUUGUAGCGAGGAGAAGUAUCGGGAGAUUGAACAGCCGAGGCGGCUCAGAUCGAUACUGGCUAUGGCAGAGGACAGAGAGGUGGUCGAAGGAGGAUUUCAUGGAAAGGAUGAGCAGGGAGACAGAAUUAUCCAAAGUUACGAUGAUUUUGAUAGGUAUGAUGGGGGCAGGAAGUCGGACACACAUCAAGAUUCUCCUCAGAGGAAUGCAAAGAAUGAUGAAGCUUUAGCAAAGAAUGGGAAUGCAAAGGACAGUGAAAUGGUGCUGAGUAUAAGUGGUGAGCAAACAAUUGAGAAUGCUGAUGGUGGUGGUGAUGAUUUUACUAGGAAGAAGAAAGACAACUCUGGGGGUCCGGAGGCUGUCGAGUUAGAAUCACAAUUAAGACAAAGGGCAUUGGAUAAUUUUGCAAAGUUCCGACGAAGCCUUUCUGCAAACACGAGGUCUACUGGUUGUCAGGAAGAUGACUCCAGCCAACCUCAAUGUGGCAAGGACCCCAUUAAAGUUGCUGAGGCACAAGAUGCCUUCAAAUCUUCAGAUGGAAAGUUCGCUGUUUCCCAUGAAUGCCAAGGUGGUGUUCAAGGUGAAGUCCGGCGAGCUGAACCCAGAGUUAGAUCUGUUGUGAAUAUUCCCGCUGAGAAAGAUACUUCAAGCCAUGUGAUUAGACGUCAAAGUUCCAGUGGAAGCUCUAGAAAAGAAAAUGAACAAGACCCAGAUAACUCCAACAAAAGCCAAAGUGAUCCAACCCAAUUAAACUGGAUAGAAGAGCCAUCUAACAAAAUGUCUUUGCAACAUUCCUCACUAAUAAAAGACAAGCAAGAGAAGAGUGCAGCUGCUGAACCUGAAAGUAGCACUGUAUGUGAUGCUGCAGUAAAUCAGUCUGUUGGACAACCAACUUCAGCAUUACCUGCCGAUCAAAGAAUUGAAAGUGAAAAUGAAAACAAGGAUGAAGAUAAAGGGUCUCAGUUUCAACAAAAGACAUUCUCUAGGAUGCAUGAUGGAGAACUAGUGCAGGUAAGUUACAAGGUUUACAUACCAAAGAAAAGUCCUGCCUUGGCAAGAAGGCAACCACAACGGUGAAAAGUGUAUACAAUUACCUUGGUUCUUCUAAACAAUUGUGCUUCUUCAGGAAGAUUGAAGCAUCGGAUCAUUAGACGGAGCGCAGGUGGAGAGUAGAUAAUAGAUAUCAAUCAAAUUGGAUGUAAUUGGUUAUAUGAUUAUCCAACAAUUGUUCAUCUCUGAUCCUAUCCAAUAUGCAUCUCUGGGUGAUCUUUCUGAGCCCACAAAGCAGAUGUAUGGAAUUCAAUUACUACGAUAUAACUCUGGACUGUGUCUAAGCUUCAUAAAACUAUUUGACACAAGGUGAGUCAUGUCUGAUGACGUAUUUAGAAUUUUCAUUGUCAUACUGUUGUAGCAA